AUUCAACCAUGGUGUCGGUAUCCAUGGUUUAAGCCUUACGUAUAAAAGUCCACACUGAUGGACCGCAGAUUAUUUGCUACCCUGCCUUAUAUUGCCCCGGAAUAUAGGACCGUGUUUUCUCAGGAUGAAAGUACCAACACCCACGACUGUCUGUUUGGUCGGCUUAGCUGUCUUGGCUCUCUUCGCCAGUCAGACGGACGCUGUUGUCAACUGUUACUCUUGCACCUCGAGUGAAAAACACGACUUCUGUAGUGAUGGCUUUCACAAAACGGCAAUGACUUCGUCGUCAGGGUGUGAUUAUUGCACGAAGAGGAAGAGCGAGAACGGCUUUGUCAAGAGAGAGUGUAAAAGUGGAUCAAUGCCCAGCUCUGGAUGCACCGAUCUCGACUCCCCUGAAGGUGAAGACUGCUUCUGUAAUACCAACGAAUGCAACCAUUCCAGUCACGUGACAUCAACCAUGGCAACCAUACUCGCUGUUUCAUUCGCUGCUAUUUUGGGAAAGAGGCUUUUUUAAAUCCGUUGCAAAAACAAACAUCGUGAUUCAUCGUCAUCUUAGCCAAUAGAAAAAUAAAAAAUAAUAAAGAAUGUUCUAUUCUAUUAUCUAAAACAUUUAAACCUAUGAUUUAUGUUUGAUUUUAAACAAAUGAUUGGUUAUUAAUUUGUAUCAGUUUAAAGUUUUACUG